AUGGACAGCACCCAAAGCUCUGCUCCCGGCAGCGUUCAGGCUGCCACGCUCAAUGCCUCGCGCAAGGGACCCGACUCACAGAGCGUCACCAAGCGCUUGCAGACGGAGCUCAUGCAGCUCAUGACAUCGCCCGCCCCCGGCGUCUCCGCGUUUCCAUCGGCCGACGGCAACCUGCUCGCCUGGACGGCCACCAUCCAAGGCCCGGACGACACGCCCUACGCCGGCCUCACCAUGAAGCUCAGCUUUGCCCUGCCCUCCAACUACCCCUACGCCCCGCCCACGGUCCUCUUCACGACACCAAUCUACCAUCCCAACGUCGACUUUUCCGGCCGCAUCUGCCUCGACAUUCUCAAGGAUAAGUGGACGGCCGCCUACAACAUUCAGACUGUCCUCCUCAGCCUGCAAAGCCUCUUGGGCGAGCCCAACAACUCCUCUCCGCUCAACGGCGAGGCUGCCGAGCUUUGGGAUAGUGACAUGGAAGAGUUUAAGCGCAAGGUUUUGGCUAGACAUCGCGACGUGGAAGAGGAGUAG